GUGAUCUAUGAGAAAACACUCAGACACGUGAGAAGUCAGUGAAGUGCCUGAAGCACGAGGAGACAUGAGAGCGUUUCAUAUGUCAGCGUUCAUCAGGACGGUUCUCUUCACCGAGUGUCUGCUGACGAGUGUGACAGGAGAUGGGGACGAUUCUGAAGAGAAACUAGAGAUCAAGUACGUUCUGAUCGGCGUAGGCCUCGGCCUGCUUUUAGCUGCUUUGUUCAUUAUAGUCAAAAUCUGCAUCAUCAGGCAACACGUGUACGACAACUACACAGAGGAAAGCAUGAAGAGACCCUCAGAGCCCCACUUGUUCACUUUGAGCCAUCUGAGCCAAUCAGAGAAUCCAGUGCCAACGGUGUCCAAUGACGUGCGGGGUUAAAGGUCACGCAGAGUGAUUUACAGGAAGAAAGCGAUCUGUUGUCUUCUAAGAUAUCCAACCAGACUGUUUUACCUUCUCUGGCUGUCGCUUAAUAGCACGUGUCUUUACGGUUUUAAAAUAAAGGGUCUUAACAUUUUAUUAUGUAGUUUUUUAUUUGUCUGUAGAGCGUUUAAUUGACCCUAGUUUUAAUAAAGCAAUUUGCAGAUGUUGGAUUUUUCAUCCCUUC